AUGGCCGGCAGCAAGGGCAAGGUGUGCUUGGCCUACUCCGGUGGACUCGACACGAGCACCAUCUUGGCUUGGCUGCUCGAGCAGGAUUACGAAGUUGUCUGCUACCUGGCCAAUGUUGGUCAGGAGGAAGACUGGGCUGCCGUGGAGGCCAAGGCUCUCAAGAUCGGUGCAACUAAGAUGAUCAUCGAUGACCUUUGCAAGGUUUUCGUCGAGGAGCUGUGCUGGAAGGCUGUGCAAUGCAAUGCCAUCUACGAAGACCAGUAUCUUUUGGGUACCAGCUUGGCUCGGCCCGUCAUUGCCCGUGGCAUGAUGAAGGCCGCCGAGAAGGAGGGUUGCCAUUUCGUGUCCCACGGUUGCACCGGCAAAGGCAAUGAUCAGCUGGCAUAUUUGACCAUCAACCCCGCCAUCAAGGUCAUCGCCCCAUGGCGCGAUCCUCUUUUCUAUAAGCGUUUCCAGGGACGCAACGAUCUCCUCGACUACGCCGCCGAGAAGGGCAUCCCUGUGACGUCGACUCGCGCGAAGCCGGCCGGCAUGCUUGAGGACCCAAACACCUCUCCGCCUGAGGAUAUGUGGACCCGCACCGUGAGCCCGCUCAAGGCGCCUGAUACACCUCUCGAAAUCACUGUCCACUUUGAGAAGGGCCUUCCGGUCAAGGUUCAGACUCCCAAGCAGACCGUCACCGGCUCCCUCGAGCUGUUCAACUUUCUCAAUGCUCUCGGCAAGGAGCAUGGCAUCGGCCGAAUCGACAUUGUCGAGAACAGGUUCAUCGGCCUCAAGAGCCGUGGUUGCUAUGACGCCCCGUGCAUGACCAUCCUUCGCCUUGCUCAUAUUUCGAUCGAGGGCCUUGUUCUCGACGGCCGUGUUCGCUCCCUUCGAGACAACUUGAGCAAGCAGUGGUCCGAGCUGCUCUACAACGGCCUCUACUUUUCGCCCGAAAGGGCCUUCUUGCAGCCGAGCCUCGACUUUUCUCAGGAGCGCGUUAAUGGCGAGGUUCGCCUCCUCCUGUACAAGGGCAACGCCUACGUUCUGGGCCGUACCUCGGAGGAGAAGCUCUACUCGGAGGAGGAUGCGUCGAUGGAUUCUCUCACCACCUUUGAUCCCUCCGAGACUUCUGGCUUCAUCACCAUCAACGCGAUUCGCCUCAAGAAGUACGGCAUGCAGAUGGCUGAGGCUGGCAUCGAGCUCUGA